AUGACGUCUACUCCCCCCGCCCAGUCUGUCCGCUUCAGCGAGGUUCACGAGGAAAUUGAGCCCGCCCAGGCCGUGCGAGAUGUUGCCGACCUCACUAGCCCCGCCAAAGCGCCCCAGCAUGGCCCAUUGAGCCCCCAGGCCGAAGAAGAGCUACGCAACCUGUCGUCCACGCUCCAAAAGUCUCGCAUGCAGGCAAAGCGCAUGGAGAACUUCUCAUUCGAGCCUGUCUCGCUUCCACCCUCCCGCGCACCUUCACCCAGCCCAGCCUCGCGAACAAUUUCAGGACACUCCGCACAUCGCUCUUCCAUACCCUCUUCACCUGCCUCCGCCAUGCAUUCUCCACCAUUGACACCUGCAGGAACAUCGUCCCGGGAUGAAAAAGCAGCCGGCCCAGGACACAACAAACAUCCAAGCGACCCCGCCCUCAUGACGCCGCAAAUCUCACCUCCCCAUGAGCCUCCACCAACCUCCAUGGAUUCGUCUCUCCAGAGCCCGAAUGAGAGCCAGUCUUCGUUGGUAGUUCCCGGAUCGCCAAGAACCGCACCACAGUCCCCACGACCAUCCUCAGACUUGCCCGCCGUCGUUCAACCCCAUCCAAAACGCAAUCCAGUAUUUGCUAUAGGCCCUACCGGUGAUUCCAAUCCGACUUCCCGGGACGCUAGUCCUGCUGAUUCUGGUGGUGAUCGCACGCCAGGCGCAUCCUCUCCGGCACCUGGUAGCCGGCCAUAUACACCACAAGGAGAGAAGGAAGAUACCUACACCCGCUCCAAACGCGCAGCACAAGCGAGAAACCUCGACUCACUAGAAGCCCGCUACAUCUACGGUGGACGUGACGGACGCAGUUCAGCAGCAUCAUCAGUUUAUCAAUUGCCACGCUCCAAGGGCACUGAUUCUGAUAGGGAAGACAGCAAGCGGUCGAGUAUAUUCGGAAAGAGGUCCAUCAAGGGCCACGGCUCCGAUGCAGAAGAUGUCAAGUCGCCGACCGGCAAACACCAUGGAUCAAUGGCUGAACUCAAACGCUUCUUCAAGAUUGGACACAAGAAUAAGGACAAGGACAAGGACAAGGAGAAGCGUGGAAAGUCUCCUGCACCAUCGAUUCGGAGUCAGAAGAUCAAGUCCACCAAAUCCGGUACCAUGACACCACCCAUAACAAACGGAUCGAUACAUGUCCCCUUUGCGGAUGACCACGGCCUGCAGAGCAAGUACGGAAAGUUUGGAAAAGUGCUGGGAUCCGGUGCUGGUGGCUCGGUUCGGCUUAUGAAGCGAAGUAGCGAUGGCACAACGUUCGCCGUCAAGCAGUUCCGUAACCGUCAUUCAUACGAAUCCGAAAAAGAUUACAACAAAAAGGUUACUGCCGAGUUCUGCAUAGGAUCAACACUCCACCAUGGAAACAUUAUCGAGACCAUGGACUUGGUGAAUGAAAAAGGAAGCUAUUUCGUCGUCAUGGAAUACGCACCCUUUGAUCUUUUCGCAAUAGUAAUGACUGGAAAGAUGAGUCGCGAAGAGGUUGCUUGUGCCACACUGCAGAUUCUUAAUGGAGUCACAUAUCUCCAUAGCAUGGGCUUGGCUCACCGUGAUUUGAAGCUUGACAACGUCGUUGUCAACGAACACGGAAUCAUGAAGAUUAUUGAUUUUGGCAGUGCUGCCGUCUUCAAAUACCCAUUUGAAGACGAAAUCGUUCUCGCCAGUGGUAUUGUCGGCUCAGAUCCUUACCUUGCACCUGAAGUGUAUGAUCUGUCCAAGUACGACCCACAACCUACCGAUAUCUGGUCACUUGCUAUCAUGUUCUGUUGCAUGACAUUACGCCGAUUCCCAUGGAAAGCGCCACGGAUAUCCGACAACUCGUACAAACUCUUUGUCUCACCCCCCAACGACGGGCCAAGGUCGAUCACCGGGCCCUCCAAGUCAGCUACGGAUCUUGAGAGUACUGCACGUGACGAACGCCGGCAAUCUGGGCCCGGCUCUGAGUCUACCACUCGGCAUCAAUCCUCGGAACACCCUUCGACUGAGCCGCGCGCAUCGACGUCAUCGAACGGCCAGCAGCCGCCGCAGGUGAUCAAAGGUCCUUGGCGUCUCCUGCGUUUGUUACCUAGGGAGAGCAGACACAUCAUAGGCCGCAUGCUGGAAGUCGACCCCAAGAAACGAGCGACACUGGAUGAGAUACUCGAAGACAAGUGGGUCAUCAACAGUGAGGUGUGCUCGCAAGAAGAGGGCGGCAGGAUAAUACGAGCUGGAAACCAUGAGCAUACACUCGAGCCUGGAGCCGGAGGCUCUUCUGCUCCCAAUACACAACAACAGCAGAAGAAGUAA